CUAUUAAAACCCCACCCCUCUUCCUCUUCUUCCCUUGUGUAAACCACGCACCCCAUUUUUGAGCCUUUGGGAGCGAGAAGUCGCCGGCCAUGGCGGAAACCGCCCAGGAGAAAAUCCCCAGCCUUGCCGAGCAAUGGUCACUUGAGGACAAAGAAGAGAAGUCAGAUCAGAGUGAGGCCCCUGUCGAGAAAACAACUGGGGAUGGGAAGCCUGCUGAUGCCACUUCUGAGGAAGCUGUCCUAGAGAAGACUGAUGAGACCGCUGUUGCAGAGGAAAACAGUGAAACUUCUGUUCAAGAACAGACAGAAUCACAAGAAGCUGCUGAAGAGAAAUCAGUGAUAAAGCUUGAAACAACCCCAGAAGAUUUCCAUUUUCCAAAGCCUGCCGAUGCCACUUCUGAGGAAGCUGUCCCAGAGAAGACUGAUGAGAACCCUGUUGCAGAUGAACCUAGUCCUGUUGCAGAGGAAAACAGUGAACCUCCUGAGCAAGAAGAGACAGAAUCACAAGAAGCUACUGAAGAGAAACCAAUGAUAAAGCUUGAGACAGCCCCAGCAGAUUUCCGUUUUCCAACAACAAAUCAAACAAGGCAUUGCUUUACUCGCUAUAUUGAAUAUCACAAGUGCAUAGCAGCAAAAGGGGAGGGAGCUCCUGACUGUGACAAAUUUGCAAAAUAUUAUCGCUCACUUUGCCCAAGCGAAUGGAUCGAGCGAUGGAACGAGCAACGAGCAAAUGGGACCUUCCCUGGUCCUUUAUAGAUGGCCAGUGCCAACAAAUCUCAGUAAAUUCAAACCAUAUUUUUGACAUUCUGGAAACUGGAACAUCAAUCUGUACUGAGAGUCAUCAGAAGCUCUUAUUCAGAAAAUUGAAUAAACAUUUUGGCUUGUCCUAAAGUCCAAGGAAAGGUUCUACACAUUGAUGAAUGAAUUUGCAUAAGAUGCGGCUUUUCCACCACAGCAUUUGACUGAACUAUUUCUAGUUCAGUAACAUGAUGCAGAUUGUAACAUCUAGAAAUGUUCGGCAUUUGAAUAAUUGCUUAUUGGUUUCUUCAUUGAAUCCUUGUUUCAAACUACUGAUCUGCUGCCUAGUCAGAUAUAAAUUGAGGAAUUACAGAUGCUCAAAA